CGCUCUAACUGUCCCCUCCCUUCCCUGGUCCGAUGUGUGGCCCCCCAGGGGCGCCUGCAAGGGAACGAUUCCGGUGGCCUCCGGAGGAUGUGCCCCGUUCCGGGUAGGGUGAGGGCUGGCGGUGACGGAGGCCGGGACGUGGCACCGUGGGCUGGGGCGCUGGCGGCGCAAGGAGUGGCCCAGUCGGAGGUGGCAGUGGCGCGCCCAGCCCGCCUCCUCCUACCCCCUCUCCGAAAUUCCUUCAUUUGCGAGGGUGGCUUGGAGCGGGGUUGCAUUUUGAUCUCUCAGUGCCUCUCUCCCAUGGGGGGCGAGAGCGCGAGCAGCCCACGUUGGGCUCGGAUUGGCAUUCUCCUGACUCCCGCCCGGAACUGCUAAUCAUCCUCCCCGUGGAGUUCGGCAAAGUGUCACCAACGGGCUCGGGUUACUUGUGCUCGACUCUUUUCUUGCUGUAAGCCAUGAGAUGACCCUUUAAGUUUUGCAAAGGAGGCUUUCUUGAUCAUGGAUGGUGAAGAUAUACCAGAUUUUUCAAGUUUAAAGGAGGAAACUGCUUAUUGGAAGGAACUUUCCUUGAAGUAUAAGCAAAGCUUCCAGGAAGCUCGGGAUGAGCUAGUUGAAUUCCAGGAAGGAAGCAGAGAAUUAGAAGCAGAGUUGGAGGCACAAUUAGUACAGGCUGAACAAAGAAAUAGAGACUUGCAGGCUGAUAACCAAAGACUGAAAUAUGAAGUGGAGGCAUUAAAGGAGAAGCUAGAGCAUCAAUAUGCACAGAGCUAUAAGCAGGUCUCAGUGUUAGAAGAUGAUUUAAGUCAGACUCGGGCCAUUAAGGAGCAGUUGCAUAAGUAUGUGAGAGAGCUGGAGCAGGCCAACGACGACCUGGAGCGAGCCAAAAGGGCAACAAUAGUUUCACUGGAAGACUUUGAACAAAGGCUAAAUCAGGCCAUUGAACGAAAUGCAUUUUUAGAAAGUGAACUUGAUGAAAAGGAAUCUUUGUUGGUCUCUGUACAGAGGUUAAAGGAUGAAGCAAGAGAUUUAAGGCAAGAACUAGCAGUUCGGGAAAGACAACAGGAAGUAACUAGAAAGUCGGCUCCUAGCUCUCCAACUCUAGACUGUGAAAAGAUGGACUCCGCCGUCCAAGCAUCACUUUCUUUGCCAGCUACCCCUGUUGGCAAAGGAACGGAGAACACUUUUCCUUCACCGAAAGCUAUACCAAAUGGUUUUGGUACCAGUCCACUAACUCCCUCUGCUAGGAUAUCAGCACUAAACAUCGUGGGGGAUCUCUUACAGAAAGUAGGGGCUUUAGAAUCCAAAUUAGCAGCUUGCAGGAAUUUUGCAAAGGACCAAGCAUCACGAAAAUCCUAUAUUUCAGGGAAUGUUAACUGUGGGGUGCUGAAUGGCAAUGGCACAAAGUUCUCUCGAUCAGGGCAUACAUCUUUCUUCGACAAAGGGGCAGUAAACGGCUUUGACCCCACUCCUCCUUCUCCUGGUCUGGGCUCCUCGCAUCCAUCGUCAGCGCCGGGUAUGCUGCCUCUCAGUGUGUGAGUGCCCAGCCUCCAGGUGGGGGCUCCUGCCCUCCUCCAACAACCCAGGACACCCACGCCUCACCCCUCGGUGCCUGGGCCCAGCCCCGUGCCCCUCCGUCUGCCUCCGCACAGCUGGCAGAGGGCAGGCUGCAUGCAGUGGCGGCUACUGGGCCCUGCCCAGCCCCGGAACUCUGCGCGAUAUCAAUACUGGCUAUUUUCUCUUCUCGCCGUAGUGCCGUUGGUUUCACAUGAUUGCACUUUUGUGGGUCGCAAGGUGAUACAUACGUGUAUUACUUGGUCACUGGAUGCAGAAGUACCCAUUCAUCACACCUGCCUCAUAGACCCCACUCUGCUGUACUGAUAGGAUUUAGUUGUGUUUAGGACAUUGCAAAUCUUCUAGAAGUUCUCCCCCAAAUCAGGUCAAUGUGUGCCCUCCUGAGCUCCCUCCCACCCAGGCAUCUCCAGUGCUCAUGAUCAUGUGUCCCCCAACUCCACCCCUCACAGUUUGGGCCUGUUUCUGGCAAAGAGUCAGGAAGGUUACUGAAUUAGGGAACAUUUUCUGCACCUUCUGAUUUUACUUAAGCAGCUACCAUUCCAUGGACUUGCCUCCCAGAGCAGCACAAUGCCCGUCUGAGCCCCACGUGGCAGGAGCCUCUGGGACGGGGCACACACAGGCCCAGCCUCUGUGCUGUCUCCUCCUCCGUGCGCCUCAGACUCGGGGUGAGGGAGGCGGGCAGCCUCUCGCCAGCCUUCCCGUCCUUCAGUUCAACGACAUCUUUGGAGUGUUUUUGUUUUCUCUUCCAAGGGCCAUCCCGUUGUGUUAGGAAGGGUGAGUGGCUGGUUCCAGGGUGGGCCGGUGCCAGCUCCGGGGUGGACUGAACAGCGGCGGCUGUCCCUGUGCAUCCUUUGAUUACUCUCAUGCUGCAUUUACUGUUUACAUUUGUUUUAUUGUACAUAGGUUUGUAAACAUUAUUGCCUGAGAUAUUUGUAUAUAACUUGGGCUUUGUAGCUUUUAUUUAUUCAGAACGCAUAUGGCAUGUUAAUGACUCUGAUGGUGUCCUCCUCUGGGCAGCUGUAUAGGAUCAUCAUGUGGUUACAAAAAAUACUUCCCUCAAAAAAAGUCUUUUAAUGUGGAAACAAUAAAUUUCACAGAAAAAAAAAAAAAGAAA